GGUCCUAUGAAUGAGGACAUUCCCCGAUGGUUGAUAUGUGGUGCUGGCGCUGGUUUAGCAGUCGAUUUAGGACUUUAUCCCUUAGAUACAAUAAAAACUCGUUUGCAAAGCAAACAAGGCUUCAUAGCCGCCGGUGGAUUCCGGAAUAUUUAUAGCGGAAUGGGUUCAGUCGCUAUAGGAUCAGCUCCUGGAGCUGCACUAUUCUUCAUGAGCUACAGAACCAUAAACGGAUUUUUCAAAGAGGAAACAGCUUUUGUUCACGCCUUUUCUGCUAGUGUGGCAGAGACCAUAGCGUGUGCUAUCCGUGUGCCAACAGAGCUUGUUAAACAGCGAUUACAGGCAUCAGGGACACCCAAGCAGAGCCUUUCGCGAGUAUGUCGAGAAAUAUACAACACCAGUCGGCUUCCUGGUUUUUAUAGGGGAUACUUGAGUACGGUGACGCGAGAGAUUCCGUUCUCUAUCAUAGAGUUCCCCCUCUACGAGUUCCUCAAGAAAACGGUCGCUUCGAAAAAGAUAUAUACCACUCGUGGCUUCCCAUCACUGUUUUCUGGUAUCGUACCACGUGUUCUGUGGAUGACAGCAGGCGGUUUCGUUUUCUUCGGAGCCUACGAAACUGUGCUAGCGCUAUCUUAUUGGGUACGUCCAGAUAAGAAGAAGAAAAAUUUGCAUGAACCUCCAUUAGUACCAUAG